AUGAGAGGGCUCUUGGCUUCCCACAAAGGGCAGGUGGAGGUAGAGCAGGAAGGUCACUGGGGCACUGCCUGUGAUGACGGCAGGGACAUGAAGGAUGUAACUAUGGUAUGCUGUGGUUCUCCCAAGGGGUCACUCAGUGGUUUUCUAUAUGCACCAUUAAUAGACAAUGAGCAAAAAGUUCUCAUCCAGGAUGUUAAUUGCUCAGGGAUAGAAGAAUCACUGUCCCAGUGGAAAAGUGAAGAUGCUUUUGAUUGCUUUCACGAAGAGGAUGCAGGAGCCCGGUGUGACAGUGAGUAUGGCAAGAUGAUGCUAGAACCAUUUUCCACUGACCUCUCCUCAUUCUUUAUUUCUUUCCAUGGGCUUCCAUAUAACGUCUGUUCUCAAGCAGUUCACCAUCUAAUAUCAUAUAAACUAUCAUACUGGCUAAGUCAGAUAUCUUACUCAGGACAAGAAGAAAGUCUUCAGGAUUGUCCUUCUGGGCUUUGGGGAGAAAAUAACUGCACCCAUGCUGAGGACAUGUGGGUAGAAUGUAAAGAUCCCUUUGACUUGAGACUGGUAGGAGGAGAUGACUGUUCCGGGUGCCUAGAGGUGCUCCACAAAGGUGUGUAGGGUUCUGUCUGUGAUGAUGGCUGGGGAGAAAAGCAGGAUCAGGUGGGCAAGCAACUAGGCUUUGGGAAGUCCCUCUUUCCAUCCACCAAAAUCCGGUGAUGCUUUGACCCAGGAAUGGGCCAGAUUUGGCUUGAUGAUGUUCGUCACUCAGGGAAGGAGCAGUCCCUGAAGCAGUGCCAACACAGAUUUUGGGGAAUUCACAAAUGCAACCAUAAGGAAGAUGUGGCUGUGAUCUACUCAGGUAACUGUUGUGGACAGAGUCCUAAUGCAGUAGUAUGGGAGACUGGCAUGGAGGGAACUGAUGGACGAAGGCUGAAGGGUGAACCCUGGGAAUUUUUCAGUACCAUAUAA